CUAAAAAAACAAUCCUCAGAAGCAAGUCUUUGAUUGCUAAACCCUAAACCUAUACAAAACCCUUCGUUCUUGGCCGUGUCCUUCUCUCUCUCCCAAGCAAUUUACGUAAACAAUGAUAACUGCAGUUUCAUGGAUACCUAAAGGGUCUUUAAAGGCUGUUCCUGAUGCUGCUGAGCCUCCUUCAAAGGAAGAGAUUAAAGAGCUUAUUGAGAGUGGAGCUUUUGUGGGGAGUGUGGAUGGUAGUAAUGAGGAUGAAUAUGAGAUAGAUGAAGAAGAAGAAGAUGGAGAUGAGAUUAGUGAAGUUGAUCGUGCCAAAGCUGUUGCAGAAGCUUUUGGUAAAUCUUCCAAUAGCAAAUCUUCCUCUAUGGAGGUUGAUGAGAUGUCUGCUGCAAUGAAAGAACUCGACAUGGAUAACUAUGAUGAAGAGGAUGAUGGAAUUGAACUCAUCAGCUCUGGAAUUGGGGAUCUUUAUUAUGCAAGUAAUGAGUUGGAUCCAUAUCUGAAGGAUGCUGCUGAUGAUGAAGACGAUGAAGAGGAUAUUGAUGAUACAACAAUCAAGCCAACUGAUUCAGUGAUUAUCUGCGCUAGGAACGAAGAUGAAGUCAGUCAUCUAGAGGUUUAUGUGUACGAGGAAUCAUCGGGUUCACCAAACAUGUAUGUUCAUCAUCACAUAGUUAUACCGGAAUUCCCAUUGUGUACUGCUUGGAUUGAUUGUCCACUUAAAGGAGGGGACAAAGGGAAUUUUGUAGCUAUUGGAUCAAAGGAAACACCGACAAUAGAGAUAUGGGAUCUUGACGUUAGGGAUGAGGUUCUCCCUUGUGUACAACUGGGAGGAAUAGAGGAGAUGAAGAUUGUUAAGAAAAAGAAGAGUAAGAAAGAGAAGAUUAAGAAGCCGAAAUACAAAGAAGGAAGCCACACUGAUUCAGUACUUGGUCUUGCUUGGAACAAGGAGUUUAGGAAUAUACUUGCUAGUGCUAGUGCGGACAGAAAGGUUAAGGUGUGGGAUGUGGCUACUGGACAAUGUAAAAUCACUAUGGAGCAUCACACAAAGGAGGUUCAAGCGGUUGCCUGGAAUCAUUAUGCUCCAGAAGUGCUUCUCAGUGGCUCAUUUGAUCAGACUGUUGUAUUGGUAACUUCUUUGGUCCAUGUUCUACUUUAUCUUUUACUGAGAGUUAUCAUUAAUAUGAGUUUGUAUAUUACGUUGCAGAAAGACGGAAGACAACCUUCACAUGCGGGUUUCAAAUGGUCUGUCAUGUCUGAUGUCGAAAGCUUAGCUUGGAAUCCCCACAGCGAACACUCCUUUGUGGUAAGUCUUGAGGAUGGAACCGUGAAAGGUUUUGAUAUACGAGCAGCACAGUCAGGCUCAGAUUCUGAUUUAAAACCAAGUUUCACUAUCCAAGCACAUGACCAAGACAAAGGGGUCUCGUCCAUCUCAUACAACAUUUCUGCACCCAAUCUUUUAGCGACGGGGUCUAUGGAUAAAACGGUAAAACUUUGGGAUCUUUCAAACAAUGAGCCUUCAUGCAUUGCUUCACACAAACCAAAAGCUGGAGCUGUAUUCUCCAUUUCCUUCUCAGUGGACAACCCUUUCUUGCUUGCUAUUGGUGGCUCAAAGGGAGAGCUACAUGUUUGGGAUACACUAUUGGACGCUAAUGUCGCUCGCAAAUAUGGGAGCAAACAGUCUUGA